GUUUAGGUGCGUUUUUUUUGUUUUUGUACCUGGCAUAUGAUGCAGGGAUUGGCUGGUGCUUUUACGCACGCCUAUAGCACAUGCAUCCAUGUGUACGCGCACACAUAAAAAGGAGAGCAAACAGUGGAAGUCUCUCGGUUGCAGACGGGAAAAAUGACAGGUAUGCUGGAUGCUGCGCUUCAUCCAAGUGGAGCCGUCUGCGCGUAUUUACGCACGGUGUCACGUCCGAGCUCAUCCAAAAAGCGCCCAAUCCUUCCCGCGUUUAUCCCCCUCCUCGUGUCCGUCAUGGUGCUGGUUCCGGCCUCAGCGCAUCCUCAGUGUCUGGACUUCGCGCCACCUUUCAAACCUUUAUGGCACCUGGAGUUCUGCACGCAGUACGAGCAGUUCGGCUGCUGCGAUCAGAAGAUGGACAACAUGAUCGCGGAAAGAUACUGGGACAUCAUCGACCAGCUGGAAACGAGGGGGGAAGAUCUGUGUGAGGACCUGUUGAAGGAGGUCAUGUGCCAGGAGUGCUCUCCGUACGCCGCCCACCUGUUCGAUGCCGAGGACCCCUACACUCCCGUCAGAGAGUUGCCGGGCCUCUGCUCCGGAUUCUGCUCCAAGUUGCACGGUAAAUGUGGCCACGUGGUGAAAUAUCUAACGGAGAACCGGCUGCUGCAGGACACGUCGCAGCGAGACGCUUCCACCUUCUGCAGCCUGGUGGACCUACAGGACCAGGACUACUGCUACCCCAACGUGCUGCAGAGCUCCAACCUCAACAGCAACCUGGGCCGCGUGGCCGAGGACCCCCAGGGCUGUCUGCAGCUGUGCCUGACGGAGGUGGCCAACAACCUGAGGAACCCGGUGCUGAUGCUGCACAGCGGAGACGGCACGCAUCGCAUGUUCAUCGCAGAGCAGGUGGGCUUUGUGUGGGUUUACCUGCGUGACGGCAGCCGGCUGGAGACGCCCUUCCUGGAUCUGAGCGGGGAGGUGAUGACCACGGGCUGGCUGGGGGACGAGAGGGGCUUCCUGGGCAUGGCUUUCCACCCAAAGUACAGAGACAACGGACGCUUCUUCAUUUACUACUCCAUCCUGGUGGACAGCAAGCUGGAGAAAGUGAGGGUCAGCGAGAUGAAGGCGUCCGAACACGAUGUGAACGUGGCCGACCCGAACUCAGAGAGGGUCAUUCUGGAGAUCGAGGAGCCGGCUGCGAACCACAACGGAGGCCAGCUGCUGUUCGGACUCGACGGAUAUUUGUACAUCUUCACCGGAGACGGGGGAAAAGCCGGAGAUCCGUUUGGGAAGUUUGGCAACGCACAAAACAAGAGUGCUCUGCUGGGUAAAGUCCUGCGUAUCGAUAUCGAUGUAGACGGUGGUGACCCCGGUGCUCUUCAGUACCGGAUCCCCCCCGAUAACCCGUUCCUCGGAGACCCCUCUUCCCGCCCCGAGGUGUUUGCAUACGGGGUCAGGAACAUGUGGCGCUGCUCCGUGGACCGCGGGGACCCGGGGACUCUGCAGGGCCGCGGGAGGAUGUUCUGUGGAGACGUGGGUCAGAACCGCUACGAGGAGAUCGACAUCAUCGUGAAGGGCGGGAACUACGGGUGGAGAGCCAAGGAGGGCUUCGAGUGCUACGACGUGAAACUGUGCCAGAACUCCUCCUUAAAUGACGUCCUUCCUAUAUUUGCGUACAGCCAUCAUGUUGGGAAGUCUGUGACGGGGGGGUAUGUGUACAGAGGAUGUGAAUCACCCAAUCUGAACGGCCUGUACUUCUUCGGAGACUUUAUGAGUGGUCGCAUCAUGGCGUUGGAGGAAGACAAGACGACGGGCAGCUGGAGGGAGAAGAGUGUUUGUAUGGGAGAAACUAAGACCUGCUCGUUUCCAGGACUCAUCAACCACCACCACAAGUUCAUCAUCUCCUUCGGCGAAGAUGAAGCCGGGGAGCUGUAUUUCCUGGCCACAGCGUACCCCAGUGCCAUGUCUCCGUAUGGGACCGUUUUCAAAUUCGUGGACCCCUCCAGGAGAGCUCCUCCGGGGAAAUGCAAGCAGAAGCCGCUGCCGGUCAAAGUGAGAGGGAAGAAGAUUCCCUUCGUCCCUCGAGAGCUGACUGUGUUGGACACAAACGAAAUACCAACGAGACCACCACCGAGAAAAUUCAAACUCACCGACAAACCAGCGACAACGCCGAGCCUCGUCACGCCUGCAACGACCACAACAUCGACCUCAUCGUCCACGUCGACCACAACAAGCACGACAAGUACGAUAACCACUGUUGUGAAGCCCAAAUGGAAAACCCUUGACAAGAAAGCGAAGAAGACGAAGUUGCAGCCAUGGAAGAAAAAUAAAAAGCUGAACCAGCAGCAGAAGAAGACUCUGAAGAAGAGAUCCAAGACGAGCGUAAGAGACAAACCAAAACCAAAAGCAACGGAUGAUUUAAAAAGCAACGCUCUAAAAAACACAAACAGCCCGAAGAAUCGCACAAUCCUGCACGAGAGGAACAGCUUCAAGUGGAAGAAAUCACAGAAGCACGAGUUCACGAACAAAACUCAGACAGACUUGAACUCCUGCAUCACCUACAAACUCCUCCUCGUCACCUACAAGUCCCUCCGUGCCCUCUCCCUCACAGAUCUCCUCCACGCUUACAUCCCGUCCCGCACCCUUCGAUCCUCAGACUCCGGCCUGCUCUCCCUUCCCCAUUCACGCCUCCGCACCUUCGGGGACCGUGCCUUCAGUGUCGCUGCCCCCCCCGCACCCUCUGGAACUCCCUCCCUGCUGAAAUCUGUAACGCCCCUUCUCUGA